AUGACCACUCCUACCAGUGCCAAUCUGAAUACCUUUCCAGCUGAUCCUCAGCAUCCACCAGUGAGUCCUUCGGCUCAAUCGCCGUCCCCAUCCACCCGCGUUUAUCCUGUCCAGACACGACGCCCAGCCUCUGAAUUGGAAGGGCUCACCGGCCAUGCCCCGCACGACGCUCGCGAAGCAGGUGCGGACGAGUGGAUGAACAUCGAGCAGAUGGAGCAAGAUCAGUCGGACUCGCAAGCUUGCUGGUGCACCUACCCCUACGAGCUGCCGGACCAGUCCGAUACCUCUGAGGAUGACGUCGUUGUCGAGCAUCGCGAUGCGGCAGGCCAAUCGGAUGAGCUUCGUGCCACGCCGACACAUGCCAAUUCGGACGAAACCUUGUCGACCGCACGCGCACCUUUUCGAAGCGAACAUGCGAAGCGUGCGACGGUGCAGGAAGAGCCGGAUGCUGAGGCGUCGCCUCCUGUCGAUGAACUGGCGCACCAAAGCGAAGCCGAGGGACGAGAUGACCAUCAACAUCGUUGCAGCCGCGAGCGUGGCCCAAGAGGCCAAAGUCGCCACGGCAUCAAAGGAUCCAUCACACAUCAUUCCCAUCCCUGCCAUGGUCGCCGCGGACCAGAGGAGUCACGCUCUCGUGGUCCGCCGCCGCCCCGCGCGUGCCAUCAUGAUCAUUCAGGUCAUCACUGUCCGGAGUCCUUUGAUUUCCAUCCCAUGA